AUGAAGAAGGGUGGUACCAAGGACAUUUGUAUGCUGAUGGUUUUGAUGCUAUUUGCCUGUUUGAUCCUUAUUAUGUUACAAAGAGGACUUCAAAGUAGAUCUGAUAUUAUAUGUAAUGAUCAAUUGGGUGAUAUCUUUUCGUGUGAGGACAAACCAGGUGAAGCAACAGAAGCAUAUGUUGAGGUAGAUAUCAAGGAAGUCAAGCACCGUUUCGCCAGAAGUGUCUCCUAUAUGUCAAGAACCGUUUCGCCAGAAGCGUCUCCUAUAUUUCAAGCACCGUUUCGCCAGAAGCGUCUCCUAUACGUCAAGCACCGUUUUGCCAGAAGCGUCUCCUAUAUAUCAAGUCCAUUCUUCAUCAUCCAUCACUGUUAUAUACCGUUGAGAAUGACCGAAUCAGGCACUAUUGUACAUUAUAAAAAAGGCGUAGCAAGUCUUCCUGCUGUAUUUAGCAUGCCAGAAGUAGCCCACUUUCUUCUCACAGUUGUCUUUGCAACGAGCUAUUCUAUUGGAUUUAAGGAAGCUUACAGCGAUAUACCAAUUAGGCCCUUAAGACUCGAUCAUCUUCUUAGCAUCUAG